AUUCAGUUUCACAGAGCGAGACGAUGGGAAGCAUGUUACUGACCGUGAUCAUAGCGAGCAACGCAGCAUGAGAGCCACAAUAUCAGCGUUCACAAGGCGUAAGUGGUUAUUUGCAAGGAUCUCAAAAAACAUAGAGAAUCUUAAAAAAGUAUGAAGGUAUCUGGUGCUGAAAAAGAGAGUGGAUGCGCGCUUGAUCCAGAACCAACGACAGGAUGAACUGAGACAUUACGCGCGAGAGGUUGCCACGGGCGAGCGCUGGGUUUGACCUCUGUGGACAUUUCUGGGACAAACAUUUCGGUGAGGAUGUCUCAAUGAAGAAUGUGACUGAACAUGACUCUCUGCAAACGGGGUGGAUGAAGCCCUCAGCGGUGUCAUGCGUCUUGCCCCGCAGCCCAGCGCGCAACCCUUGCGGCUCAUAGUUCUGCUCCUCCUCGCCACGCACGUGAAUACAUCCCCGGUGCUGUCCACGGGUUGCCCGGACAGGUGCGUGUGUGAUGACCAGCUUGUGGUUCAAUGCGCUGGGCAGCACCUGACCACCUUCCCGGUCAACUUGCCGCUGGCCACGCGGCAGCUCAUCAUCUCCAACAACCGCAUCGUGGAGCUGCCACCGCUUGCGCUCAACUACCUCUCCGAUCUGGUGUACCUGGACUGCAGCAACAACUCCCUGACCGAGAUAUCAGAGUCCACGUUUGGGAAUCUACGGAAGUUGGCCUACCUGGACCUCUCUUUCAACACUUUGACCCGGAUCGAGGACCGGACGUUUGGGCCCUUGACGAGCCUGGUGAUGCUGAGAAUGACGGACAACCCAGGACUGUCGGAGAUUCAUCCGGACGCCUUUGUGGAAAACACGGCCCUGCAGGUGCUGGAUGUGGGUCGGAACAACUUGACGGUCCUCAACAUCACGUCCCUGAUCGCGUUGCCAGCCCUGCGCUCCGUGGGGCUCAGCGGGAACCCGUGGAGCUGCGAGUGCGACAACGAGGAUCUGUGCCUGUGGGUCCACCUGGAGGGCUUCAAGUUCCAAGAUGAGGGCCAGACAGUGUGCGGCACACCUGCUGACAUGCAAGGCCGGCGUCUGGGUGAGGUUGGCAUCCAGCUACGGACGUUAUGUCACCAGACUCUGGGCUCCUGGGACUAUCUUUUCUUUGUUGUCAUCGGCUUUGUCAUCUUUGCUGCUGGCACGGUGUCGGCCUGGGUAAUGGGCGUCAUUAUGGUGCUCUAUGAGCGCUACAUCAAGAAGAAAGACGAACAGCUGGACCCGGAAGACGAGGAGGAACCCAUGGAGACGGGUCGCAGCUCGCGUGACAGGAGUGACCAUGGAAACGGGAAUUUGAAAACGUCACAAACUGUUUGAAAGAUUGAUUCAUCCUCUGCACGCCAUGGAUUCCUACAGUGCCUCCUGUCAACUUCCAGGACUGUCUGUGAAGUCUAAUCACACUCCUGUCACACUGAGUCUGUUUAACAGGCUCAACACUGAAGGGGGAAGGAUUCAACAGAGAUGAGGCAUGUCAUUCCUCUGAUUUAAAAUGUGCUUUAAGGUGAGCUAACACACUCGCGGGCUGCCAUUGUCGAGGUCCUCAGCCCUUUGGUAUCACUGUUCAUGUGUGCAGAUUUAUGACUUUGCUUUAUGGUUUCUAUUUUAUGCAAAUCUCACAGAGAUUAGGCCACAAUGGGGAAAGGUGAAGUAAGCUUCUAGUGGAAAUCUGAUUUUAACAGAGCAGACGCAACCAUUACACGUCAUCAACCCAGCUUGCAUUGCACUAGUAAAACAAUUGCUCCGCUCGUAGGUAAGAAUAUGUGUCAUAAAUUUCGCUCUUUAAAGAAAUAACAAUUAUUCAUGUCUAUCUAACAAAGCAUUCUAGUAUGAGACAAACAUUAAAGUAGAUUUAUGCCUAUUAUUCCCCACAGUCAGGGUUCCUUUUAAAAUACAUCUAUCAUCACAUUUGGUCAUUAUUUGAUGAUAAAACUUUCUUAACUACCACAAGCAGCUUAUCCGAUUCCCACGCCAUUAAUAGCAACUGCUCAUAGCCUUGCUAAAAGGCCAUUAGCAAGGUAGGUGGGGCUGUUACCUCUUGUUAACAGUGUCUGUGCUAAGCUUAGGUAAUGAGCAGAUAGCCUCAGCAUUUUAUUUAACAGUAAGAGGUAGGUGGGCUUAAAGCGGUUGAAAAAUAUCUAAUUUUACACAAAAGACCUGCUUCCUGUAGCACAAAAUUAUGGAUACAAGAAGCUUAUUAGAAAACUAAAUCCAGACACAAGUUAACAAACCGCCCAGUUUCUUAAAUUUACACUCAGGAGCAAAAAUCUGCCUUCAAAUUUAAAUGAAAUAAUGAUUUAACAUUUAUCAUGAUAAUUAUCAAUAUCGACUGAUAUGAAAAAUGUUAUCAUGAUAACAUAUUUUUCAAUAUGGCCCAGCUCUAGCACAAACCAUCAACCAGUUCAAACUGAGAACUUUAAAAAAAAAAUAUUUUUCAAUUGGGGGAAUUACUCAAAUUUGUUCAACCUUUCAGAUAAAGCUUGUUUGAAGACACAUCUACCUUGAGUGUUCAUCACUGUAUUCAGUGCUGCACAACCAAAAGUAACUGAAUAUGAAACUGGUAUUCGCAAGCUUUAUUUUAGAAAUGUAACCAGAUGUUACUUAGUCAUCUCUACCUUGUAUGCUUUCAUUUUAGCAUCAAACUUAAAGCCACAGUUUUUAUUUUUUUAUAUAUUUUUUAGUUUCUAACCUGAACACAGACUCAGCAACAACUCUACAAGUACCAAAGUGACGGUGGAGUGGUACCUAGAUUUUCAUAUUUUGAAGCUUCAGGCCACAGACCAAGCUGCAACUUAAUGAGGUGGAAGUGAUAAAGUGUCGCCAGUAGACAUGAUUGCCCAUUAGGUUGUGACCAAUCAGGUGUUUCACUAAAAUAAGAGAUGAAGAUAUGAGUCAAAGACCUAUACCCAAGGCUGUGUUGCUAUAAACUAAAACAAUAUGGGUCAUUGGGGGGAAAAGCUUGUUAGACAAUUUCGUGUUUUUCAGUAUGGAUACGGGUAAAUGUUAGUAAUUAACAGCAUAUUUCUAUUCCCUUUCAAAAGGUAUUGUUUGCACACAAAACACUGACCAGUGGACCUCCACAAUGGCAUCAAGCACAGAUCAAUUGUGAUCAUUGUACUGAUAGGAAUGAAAGGAGAGAAUAAAAUGCAUUAAAACAAUGCAUUCAUGUCAGUGUAGAUGAGUUCAUGUGUGCACAUGCAUGUACACUUAAGAGUGUAUAUGCAGCUGUAUGUUAAUCUUCCUCAUCUAUUAGCCCAGAGACAAACUGCAGUCCAGGGUUUUUGUUUUGAAGAUCUAUUUGUGAAGUUGAGUGCCGGCUGCUGAGGACUGUUUUGGCAGCCGGCCCUGCGGGAUGACGAGUAAACAGGAGAGUGUGAUAAUUAAUUUCUACUUCAUCCUGUCGUUGUUGGGUUUGAGUGCAGUGUCCUCUCUGUUUCUGCAUGCACUAUUGAUGCACCAAAAAAGCCUUAUGUGGUGUGGACAAGCCUUGAUGGACAGAAUAAAAAGAUAAACAUACAUAAGAUCCUAUAAAACCGUUUGAGAGUAAUUAUUAAAAAUGCUCAUGCUCCUACUUUUUCCUAGUGAGUUUCACUUUUAAUUUCCCCUUUGGAUUGAGUGAAUUUGACUUCAAACCUCUUUUAUUAUAACUGUUUAAAGCAAUAAAAGAGCUAUGUAAAACUAUUACUUUUUUAAGGUUUUUAUAUGUCCUGGUUUAGAUAUAAUCAUCUGGCUGCACCACUCCAUUGGCAAUGACUGUUAUGUGCUUGAAAAGCAUCAGGAGAUUGAAAAGUAUUCUUGUUGGAUGAGGGAAAUUAUUAGGAAGCUGCUCAAACACACCGUCCUUUGUGUGUUUGCUGUACCUGAACUAAAAAAAAAUGUCUCUCAAGAAACUUGAGGGGCAGAGUAAAAUCUCAGUGUUUGGACCCGCUGUUUUUACUUAUCAUUUAAGUAGUGACGAUUUUAUUUAACAAAAGUUUUUUUUUUGAGGGCCACAGAAAAAAAGCAUAAUUGUGAUAUUUUGUGACAAAAUAGAGCUUUUUCAUGGAAGACAUGUUGACAUCACAGUAAGAAAAGCACAGAUGUAAAUACUUCAAUGACUGAUGGUUGAUUUCCAUUUAGCUGCUCCAGUUUCAGGUCCUUGUGUUGGCCUAAAACCACACCAUCAUGAUGUACUAGAAAACACAAGCAAAAUCAGAGCAGUGUUUAUCUUUUAUCUUAAAAAGUUAAAGUGAUAUGUUCGGAUUUUGCAGCUCCUUGUUCUGUCCAACUGCAGACACAUUUUAAGGGUACGAGAGGUGAGAAAAGUUGCAGUUCUACCAAAUGUUACUGUGAUUAAAGGGAUUUCUAGCAAGUUGGAACAGCUCGUUGGUUUAUCUGCACUCUGACUCUUAACAAUGUGUUGUUUCGCUCUUUUAUGUGCUCUGCAGUACUACUGAGAAUCCUGUCUUCACACAUGUACUGGCACUCGCAUAUGUACUGUAUAUUGUUGGCACCUGUCCAAAAUGAACAGCAAACACAAAGUUAUUCUUUAAAGUGAAGACCACAUAGAAUCAUUAUAGAAUUAUACCACAUAGAACAAACACGCUGCCUGUGCAGGAGACUUAAAAGUCCAAUACAAAGUUAGUUUUCAGCUUUGAUGAUUAUCUACCAUCUUCAGACAAUAUCACAUUACAUUACAUAAGAGGCACAGGUGUAAUUACUAAUGGUAAUGAUGGCUGAAUUCAAAUGUCAGUGUUAGGUUUCAGGUCCUGUUUUUUUUCCUCAUGCAUUACUAAUGUUAUUAAUCAUACCUGUGCUUUCCCUGCAACAGAAGGUCAAUAUGUUUGCCAUGCAAAAUUUCUAUUUUUAGUUUAAGUGAUCAGAGGAAUCGUUCAAGAAAAAGAAGAUGUAACAUUUAUGUCUUUACACCACUGAUAAAAAAGACCCUCAGGACUGAAUCUUUGUGUGUUUGCUUGCGCUCCCUUGUCUGAUAAGGGAGUGAUCUAAUAACCUGAAUACUGACUGGCACGGCAUACAUCGCCGGAUGCCAAAAUGUGACCUGAGUACUGUACCUGUAAGUUGCCUACUAAAGCAGUAUGCAGAGAUGCCUCUGAACAUUUGAACCCUUGUUUGCUUUCAUUGCUUUAAGUUAUAAUAUUUGCAUGAGAUUCUUCAGUGUGUUUUGCAUAAUCUGCAUGUCUUUUGGGGUCUGUGAGAGAUACACUCUCAUUCACAUGAAAUACAAACAUAUAGUGUUUUACUGUGCUAAGUGAACUAAUUAGACCAUGUGAUUCCACAGUCAAGGGUGAGGGUGCGGCUUGAAAAUAGGCCAGCUUGUUGUUUCAGUUUAAGUCAGCACAGUGACACAGACC